AUGCCUCCAUGCAUCUGUGACUCCAACGCUGAGAGCAGCAACCUAUCUGACAGACUGCCCCCUACUGCACCAUGCAAGCAAAUACUGAUUGACACAGAAACUCCCACAUGCUACAACUCCAACAAUGAUGACAACAAUGAAGGAGAUGAAAUGCACUACGACAUCGACACUAUCUCAAAUCUCAACCCCAAAGUGCUUAAGGGCAUGCUUAUUGGGCUCACCAAGCACAACAAGGCAAAGGACACUGAUGCAUACAAGAAACCUUCACACUGCUCCAAUUUCCACCAAAGACUUUCACACACCCAUGAUGCCCUCAAGGAGGCUCCAAAACUUACAACCAAGAAUUGGUAUGCCUGGAACCCCCAAUUCAGAGGCAUCCUAUCCAACUGGCCAGCAGCCAUGAAGCACCUCGAUGGCAUUGUGGCUCCUGGAGACAAAAAGCAUGAUCACACCCUCAACAGCGAGUUAUGCACUAUCCUCCAAAGCAGUGCCCAACUUGCUGGAAAUGACAAUCUGAAGAAAGAUCUCACAAAGAUGGAGAAAAUUGCUGAGUCAACCUUACUUAACAAAGUUGGGAAGAUCUACAUCAACAAACACUGGGCCAAGGCAGAAUCAAUGGGCCAUGCACUCCCAGAAAUCUUAAAAAUCAAGACACUCAUCAACCAGGCCAAGACUGGUAAUGCCAAGAUAGCCCAAGUGAACCUAGCCAGCAGACAGGUCCAAAACAAGGAGGUAUUGCCUGAAGAAGACCCAAGAAGGAACAUCCACAAUGGGUCCUACCUCAACCCAAACACCAGCAUAGGACAACUGAUCACCAAUCCACCAGUUGGAUUAUAG